CUUCCCCAUUUACCGAGUAUAGCGCCUCUCCCCAAGCCCGCUCCCACUGCUCUCGAGCAGCCAGCGGCGUGGAAGAAUGGCAAUGAGCUACUCUUUGAAGGAGCGGACCAUCUCUGAGAAUAGCCUGGUCAUCCUGCUGCAGGGCCUCCAGGGUCAGGUGACCACUGUGGACUUGCGGGAUGAGAGCGUGGCCCAUGGACGCAUAGAAAAUGUCGAUGCUUUCAUGAACAUCCGCCUGGCCAAAGUCACCUACACGGACCGCUGGGGGCACCACGUCAAGCUAGAUGACCUCUUUGUGACCGGCCGUAACGUCCGUUACGUCCACAUCCCAGAUGACGUGAACAUCACUGCAACCAUUGAGCAGCAGCUGCAGAUCGUCCAUCGGGUGCGCAACUUUGGAGGCAAGGGCCGAGGCCGGCGGGAAUUCCCCUCCAAAAAAUUUAAGUGAGGCUGUGCCCUCAGCACGCUCCAGCCCCAACUCAGGUUCCCCCAUUGUUGUCCCGAGCCAGCUCCCUGCCAUCCCUCCCUGCCCAGAACCUGGGAAAGGAACAGGGCCAGCCCAGAAACUGGUGUCCAACAGACACCACCUAUCACAGCUGCCUUUCACAGGGUUUCAACCUCCCAGACUCACCCUGGAUCCAGAAUCCUAUGUAUCUGUCUGUGGCCUUGGGAUAGAUGACAAUCCCCCUUUUUGAUCAUUUGUAUCUGAAUCUCUGAUUUGCUGACUUAGGGAAUCUGUCAGAUAGUUUUCACCCCUCUCCCAGUGAGGAUUAGUAAAUGUGCUCAGCCUGAGACACCCCUCACUG